AUGCCUCGUGCCGUCCGUGGUCUGCUCAUCGAGUGCGAUCCCUCAAUCAAAGCAAUGAUUCUCAAAUACGACGAAGAGCGCCACGACUACAUUGUGGAGGAUUUGGAUGAUGAGAACCACUUGGUCAUCAAGGAGAGCCAGCUCCAGAGCUUGAAGGCCCGCCUCGAUCAAGACCUCGAUGAGAAGAUCAUGCAGCUUGACGAUUCUGAGUCAGAGUAG